CUCACCCCUGCCCCGCGCCGUCGCUGGCGGAAGGAGGCCCAAGGAUGGCGGCCCUGCUCCGUCCCUGCCUGCCUCGGCUCUCGCAGUCGUGCCUCUUGAGAACAGGAUCUUGCAGCUGAAGGAAACUUGCCAAGCAUGCAGAAGGAAAUGAAGAUGAUCAAAGAUGAGGAUGUGCGUUUCAGUCUGGGCAUGGAGAGGGCUCCCUCUUUUCCCCACUGCCUGCAGCCGGUGGCUUCCCAGGGGAAAACUCCCCAAAGAUAUUCCUUCCCAGAAGCUCUCCGGGGGCCCUUUUCCCAAUUUCGGUAUGAACCUCCUUCAGGAGACCUAGACGGAUUUCCUGGAGUCUUUGAAGGAGGAGGCUCUCGGAAACGGAAGAGCAUGCCUACAAAGAUGCCCUGUCACCACCCCGCGCAAGAAGCCGCGCUUGCCCUCCGCCCCGAAGAGAGCAAGAACCCCGGCCCUCCGAACCUCCCUGUACUCUUCCCGCAGCCCCCGCGCCCCAAGUACGACUCCCAGAUGAUCGACCUGUGCAAUGUGGGUUUCCAGUUCUACCGCACCCUGGAACACUUAGGGGCCAAACCCAUCAAGCAGGAGCUCGUGAAGCCCAGUGCCCUAUGGCCUCAGCCAGCAGCCCCUCCAUUCCUGCCCACCCCCUACCCCUACUACCCCAAAGUCCACCCCGGCCUCAUGUUCCCCUUCUUCAUGCCCCCCUCCUCCCCAUUCCCCUUCAGCCGGCACACCUUCCUGCCUAAGCAGCCCCCGGAGCCGCUGCUGCCCCAGAAAGCUGAGCCCCAGGAGAGUCAGGAGACGCAGCAGAAGGUGGAGAGGGUGGACGUGAACGUCCAGAUCGAUGACAGCUACUACGUGGACGUGGGCGGGUCUCAGAAGCGCUGGCAGUGCCCGACCUGCGACAAGUCCUACACCUCCAAGUACAACCUGGUCACCCACAUCCUGGGCCACAGCGGGAUCAAGCCCCACGCGUGCACCCGCUGCGGGAAGCUCUUCAAGCAGCUCAGCCACCUGCACACCCACAUGCUGACCCACCAGGGCACGCGGCCCCACAAGUGCCAGGUGUGCCACAAGGCCUUCACCCAGACCAGCCACCUGAAGCGCCACAUGAUGCAGCACAGCGAGGUGAAGCCGCACAACUGCCGCGUGUGCGGCCGGGGCUUCGCCUACCCCAGCGAACUCAAGGCUCACGAGGCCAAGCACGCCAGCGGGCGGGAGAACAUCUGCGUGGAGUGUGGCCUCGACUUCUCCACCCUGGCCCAGCUGAAGAGGCACCUCACCACGCACCGGGGCCCCAUCCAGUACAACUGCUCUGAGUGUGACAAGACCUUCCAGUACCCGAGCCAGCUGCAGAACCACAUGAUGAAGCACAAGGACAUCCGGCCCUACAUCUGCUCUGAGUGCGGCAUGGAGUUUGUGCAGCCCCACCACCUCAAGCAGCACUCCCUCACCCACAAGGGUGUGAAGGAGCACAAGUGUGGGAUUUGCGGGCGGGAGUUCACCCUGCUGGCCAACAUGAAGAGACACGUGCUGAUCCACACCAACAUCCGUGCCUACCAGUGUCACCUGUGCUACAAGAGCUUUGUGCAGAAGCAGACCCUCAAGGCACAUAUGAUCGUCCACUCUGACGUGAAGCCUUUUAAAUGCAAGCUGUGCGGGAAGGAGUUCAACCGCAUGCACAACCUCAUGGGCCACAUGCACCUGCACUCCGACAGCAAACCCUUCAAGUGCCUCUACUGCCCGAGCAAAUUCACCCUGAAGGGGAACCUGACGCGCCACAUGAAGGUCAAGCACGGAGUCAUGGAACGGGGCCUCCAUUCCCACGGUUUUGGAAGGGGAAGAAUUGCCUUGGCUCAGACGGCAGAUGUCCUGAGGAGUCUGGAGCAGGAGGAGCCCUUCGACCUUUCGCAGAAGCCGCGGGCGAAGGGGCCGGCGUUUCAGUCCGACGGGGACAGCGCCAGGGGCAGCUCCUGCCCGGACGAGGAGGAGGAGGACGACAGCUGCCAGGCGGCGCCCUGCAGCCCCGGCCUCGCCCCCCGGAAUGAGCCGCUCCGCGCCCCCCGAGAUCUGUCCAGAAAUCCCAAGCCAGCCGCAAAGGCUCUUGAGGAACCCUGCGAGGGGGAGAAGGAGGAAGCGCUGAAAGAAGAACUGGAAGAGAAGAGCCAAGGCAGUGUUGGCCAGGAGAGAGAUUUCAGCCCCAGAGAUGAGUGUCUAAGCCUCCGAGCUUUGCAGAGCACCCGGCGGGGCCCCUCUUUCUCUGAUUACUUAUACUUCCAGCAUAGAGACGCGAGUUUAAAAGAAUUAUUGGAGAGGAAAAUGGAAAAACAAGCUGUGCUUUUAGGUGUCUAAAUGCACCAUUUUAAAAUUACGUUUGGAAAAUGAGAACCAGGCAGUUCAAAUACAGCUUUCUGCAUGAACUGUAAUUUGCUGGGGACUGGUGCUUGAUGCAGAUCUUUACAAAUGGCUCACAGUAAAUGAGCACGGACUGUCCAAAGUAAUGUAGAUGCCUCUCAGGACCUUCAAUACUUUUAACACUGAUGCAGGGUCUUCUUCAGUGUUAUUUUAUUCAUCUGUUAUCAUUCCAGUAUGGUAAACUGUACAUGCUCAUCGGGAUAUCUACUUGUAAGCUGACUCUGAGGUGCUUUUAGGAAGUCUAAUUUUCUUUGACUAAUAUGCAAUACAUGGUCAAUUUCUCCCUAGUGGCAAAAAUAUGGUGCUUGACAUUACUUUAUCAAUAACUAUUUAGUGACAGUUAGUUGUUGAAUUCAUGAUAGUUAUAUUUUUUUCCUGAUAGAUGAACAUAUUAAUAGUUGUGUAUAUAAAAAUAGCCUCGAUUAAAAAAUCACUAAUACCAGAAAUGACAGCAGGAGGGUGAUUUAUUGAAAGAGAAUGAUCUUGGGUAAUUGCUGCAAGAGAAUAUGGAUAAUUUCAACCAAGGAAGAACCAGCAAUGUCUAAUUUCUGGCUGGUAUCUGUCUUGUUUUGCUUCACACCUUCAUCAGAUGGGGCCUUGGGAACAUAUGUUCAGAGGACCAGAAAGUGCUCUGGAGUUCUGUUGCUUCAGACUAGCCCCUGAUAUCACAAGCAGAGCCCCUCCUGGAGACCACUGCUGCCUUGCACUGAAGCCCCAUACCCCAUAAAGUAGCUGCAGGAAGAGGGGGUCCUCGAGUGAGCAGUGGAUUUCAAGGCUACAGCUGAAAGGGAAAUCCUCCCUGAAAUCUAAUCUCUGACUUAUUUUGGGUAUUCAAAUAAUCACCAGCCAAAAACUAAUAAGCGAGACCCUGGGCUAUAUUCUCAAUCAUGGCUGCAUAUUAGAAUAAUCUGGGGAGCUUUUUAAAAAAAUACCGAUGCCCAGAAUUACCCCCAGACAGUCUGAUUUAAUUGGUCUAGAGUGGAGCCCCAGCAUUAGUAGUUUCUAAAUGGGCCCCAGUGAGUCUUCUGUGUGGCCAGGGAAGACUGGUUGGGCUAAAGCUCCACUGGCCCAUUUUGGUGGCCUCCAGGACCCCCUCCCAGGGACUCCAUAAAAAUUCCUAUUCCUGGCUUCAGACUCAUUAAGGGAGAGAACAGGAGACCUCACAAUCAUAUUGCCAACCUAGGACACACACACACACACUUUCUGUAGACACACACUUUUUGUACUAGAAGAUGAUGCCUGUGAUGUUUGUGGUCACUUCUAUUUUAAAAACACAAGGCUGGCCUAUAGUGACUAUUUCUUCCCAGAUCCUUGAACUGUAAUUACAGGGGAUAACAAGGACUUGAAUGGGUCUGUUGGGCCAAGCAGGUAGGCUUUCCUUAGGCACUGUGCCAGGUAAAGCAAUACAGGCACAGCUUUGUAUACCGAUGACUAACCGGAAGCAGUAGCCCUUCUGGUACUGUGUCUCUCCAUUUAUGUAAAAACUGCCUCUUGGUUGGCAGUUUCAACUCUUACCUGUAGAGCUAGGUACUGUUUAUUAUUUUGCUUCCCCUUCUUUCAGAAUUCACAGUACGUGUCUUUAGAAGACCUGGUCCAUCUCUGACAGCUGGAUCCUGGCUUCUUCUGUUGGCCAAGGUGUUUCCCCACCAGCCUCAUCCAGCCCCCAUCAUUCAACCACGUGCAUUGUCAAUCCCUGAUGCAUUUCUUCUGCCACCUUGCAAAAAAGCUCCUGUCCUUCAGCAUCACCCAUGAGCACCACUGCUUGGCUUUCCACUGCCACCCACAUCCUGAGAUCAGAGCACCUGCGAAGGGGAUGGGGAAGAGAAUACUGAGACUCUCACUGUUACAAGCACAGCUCUUGGCCGAAAAACUGUUCCAAGUCUUCAGAGGGGCAGCUUGCCUUCCAUUAAUUAUUAAUAUAGCUCCUCAGCACCUCUGCUGAGACCACCCAGUAGGCUGGUCUGUGAGGCCUCUAGAUCUUAGAGUCCUGUUAUAAAUUCAUUAUUCAGCAGCUGUGUGUUGAGGACCUACUCAGGCCAUGCCUGAUCAUAGCGCUGCAGACUUCCAGCUUGUUCUGGGCAUGUCUGGCUGGAACAGGAACCAGGAAAUCUAGAGUAACAGGCUCCAAGUCCCUUCCAACCGAAACAUAUCAUGUGGGAAUGUUUGAGGAACUAGUUAAUGUUGAGAUGGACAGAGUAUGGUCUGGAAUGGUGGUUUUUAGACUGUGUUUUGAGGAGCCAGGGUUCCCCUCAGGUCCCUCCAAAGCUGCUAGGGGAGAAGGAGAAACUCUUAGCCCCCAUGCCCUCUUCACUUGGAGCGGCUCACAUUUCAUCUGUUUUAUAUGUUAAGAGUUUCAAGUAAAAUUUCAUUUGGAGGGAGAAAAAAAGGGGUAGGGUAAAUAAUAAUUUUUCAUAGAGUGUAUUCCAAGGUCUGUUUUCAGAUCGUGACUCUGGGUGUGAGAGGCUCAAUUAGGUGUUAGUUGAUGUUGAAGAUAGCACUGAUCUUCUGAGAAACAAGGCUGCAACUUCGGUUUUGUAUGUUUGGGGGUGACCGACAUCCUGCUUUGCCUGGGACAAUCCUGGUUUACACCUGUUGUCCCAGAAUAAUUACUAAUGUCACCUUAACUCUCAAAAAUAUCACAGUUUGGAUGAUACGUUAUGUGGACAUUACGUGCUUGGGUGCAGCGCUAAGGCACGGAUUGACCAGCUGUGCCUAAUGGACUGAUUAACCAGAAUACAAACUUGCAGGAGAGCCCAUCAGGGCCAUCCUCAGAGAAGUGAGGGGUGAAGCUGUCAAAGGUGACCAGCACUUCAAGGACCAGGACAGCUUCACAUUCAUCACGCUGUGACACCCUGAAAAUACAUCGCUACCAAAUGCUUUCCAGGCUUUUGAACACUGUCACUUUGAACCAACUCACUGACCAACCAAGCAGCAUAUUUUUCUUUUAUCCUUUUUAUUCAAGCCUAUAAUUAACCCUCUUGUUGCCUUUCAGUUCCUCUGUCAUUCUGUCUUUUACAAAAUUGACUCACCAGUGGCCUCAAGACUGAAGCUGACCUUUCAUAAACCCUCAAGGGUAACUGGUGUAUUUGUAUAUGAGUAGGUGCAGGAGAAAGCUCACUGUGCAUACUGUAUUUAUUAAGCCCUAAAGGAAUUUAGUAAAAUAUUAACAUUGUGUUUUGAAUUAUGAUCUUUGUCUGCUUUGCUGGAACAAAAUGUAACAGAGCUAAUGUUUAAAAUCCUUUGCAUAUUUGGACAACAUUAUACCAAAUGUUGAUUUUGUACAGAAUUCUGGCUUGCUAUUUAAAAACUGAAACUCCAAGUGUGUAGCAACCCAAGUUGUGAAUAUUGCUUGCUGCUUUGGUGAAAAAGCAGUUUACCUGAAAAUAGCCUGUAGCCUAUAUUUUGUUAAUUUAAGCAAAUAAAGACAUGUUGAAAAAGCUGA